AUACAGUACUUCCAAGUCUUUCUUUAUGAUGUGUGCAUUUGUUAUUUUAAACGUAGAAAGUGUCGUAUAUGUACAAUACGCGGAAACCUACAGUAACAAUAUUUAAAAAAUUCUAGUCGAAGCGUUUUUUUCCAUUUUACAAUCAAAACGUUCGAUGCCACGUUAUGCUGAUUAUAUUACAUCGUACUAGGUUAUCCUGUGGUUCUAGGUUAGAGAAGAUCAUAGAUAUAGAAUGUAUUUUUUCAAAACAAAAUCAUUUUGUUAAUAAUUACAAGGCUCGUUGAGUAAAAACGCGAUAUAAUGUGGGAAAGUGUAAAAAUAGAUAGUAAAGAUUACUUGAUAUCUGUUACGCGUAACGAUGACACGAUCAAAAUAUUUUUGACCGAUCUUAUCGAAUUAUGGACGGAAACGUUGACAAACGAAAUUGUUUUAAAUAAAUGUCGGAAAUUGAAUCCACUAUUGAACGUUGAAGCACUUAAUUACAAUGAAAUUGUAUUAAACGUUUUGAGAAAUAUAUCAAAUUACAUUGUCGAAGCAUCCGUGGAACUGAUAAAAUUGAGGGUGCCGAUAGAAGGUGGUUCGAUGAAGUUCAACUUGAGCUUAACAAAGAGUACAUCACAAGAUUUCUGGGAAAUCGUGACGAAACCUUUUUGUAUAUCGGGAAUGGAACUUAUGCGCCAGCGAACUAUUCUCCUCGAUUUGAUUAAAAAGAAAGACGAAGAGAUCGAAGAGUAUAAAGCACAAGGAGCUGAACUGAUACGAAAGAACAUAGAAACAAAAUUGUUUGUGGAAGAACAGCUCAAAGCAGACAUUCCUAAUCCUGAUACUGUCGAUUGCACGAAUGCAUUCCGAGGGAUAAUGAAUUUCCACAAUGAAUCGAACUCAUGCAAACCAAGUUUAAUGGCAAGUAUUGAUGAAACAGGUAAGACAGAGACACGUGUAAUCAUCACACCUGAGGAGGGUGUGAUUAAAAUUGAAAAUACUUCUGAGCAAGGGAACGCAGAAUCGACAAACGUAGAUAAUAAAGAACAGAGCAAAGCUGAAGUUAAGAAAAAGGUAGCUAAAAGCAAAACAGGGACAGCGAAUCUAAGAUAUAAGCCCCCUAAAAAAUUGAAAAAAGGUUUGAAUAAUUUUAUCUUAUAAAAUAUAAUAUUCGGAGGAAAGGGCUAUCGGUAGAAGUUCUAUUACUGUGCAACAGACUCAAUUAUUAUCGAUAAUUUUAUUAAACAUUGAUCAGGAAAAUAUAUCUCUUAUUUUACCAGAACUGGAACAUCUACCUGAAGUAUUACCCAGGCGUGAAACUAAUAGAGUAAAAAGGAAACGGUGUCGACAAUGUAGUGCCAACGGUGUACGUAAAGAAACUAAUUAUUUUUGUCCUGGCUGUAAAGAUAAUCCUGGCUUGUGUAUAGGCAAAUGUUUUAAGGAGUAUCAUAAAUUUACCACUACCGUUCAAUAGUCCUCGUCAUUUAAGAAUCGUUGAACUGCGUGCAACAUGCACGGUAUUUUGUUAUGCCAAAAAUAUAUAAAUAUGUUAAAACAUAUUCUAAGCCCUUUCCCUGAAUACUAUACAAAUUGUAUAUUUUAAUAUAUGGAAUAUGUAUAUAAAAAUUAUUUUUACAUAAGAUUUAUACACAGAAGAAAUAUAUCUGUACAUAAUAA